CUUAAGAAAAUAAAUAUUAUAAAAAUAAAAAAUAAAAAAUAAAAAAAAAAUCAAGAAGAGACAAGUAGUCCGUAGUAGUAAUCUGUUUAUAUGCCCCAGAUCUAUCUAUCUCUGUUGCUCUGUCUAAAUUUCGUUCGAAAGAGAAUCAGUGUUCAUCAUUCAAGGUCAAUUUUACUCCCGAAUUCCAACAAAAUUCCACUCUAAUCUGAGCAAUUAUCCCAGAAAUUUUGAUUGUUGACCUUGUUUGACCAUGUCGAACAAACCUCAAAUCCCUAAUAAGAAUUCUGCACUCAUUGCUGUUAUUGCUGAUGAGGACACCAUUACUGGCUUUUUGCUUGCUGGAGUUGGUAACGUUGAUAUCAGGAGGAAGACAAAUUACCUGAUUGUGGACAAUAAAACAACGGUAAAACAAAUUGAAGAAGCAUUUAAGGAGUUCACAGCAAGGGAGGACAUAGCAAUCGUAUUGAUCAGCCAAUAUAUUGCAAAUAUGAUUAGAUUCCUUGUUGAUAGCUACAACAAACCAAUUCCAGCAAUUUUGGAGAUCCCAUCUAAGGACCAUCCCUACGAUGCUGCUCAUGACUCAGUUCUUUCACGGGUGAAGUACCUCUUCUCCGCUGAAUCAGCAUCCAGCAGAUUUUAGACAGAUGUUUGUCUAAAUAUUGAAUGCUUUGAGUUUGUAGAACUGUUCACAUUUUGAGUUGAUAUUCCAUUCUUAUGUUCUCAGAAUAAAGAGUGUAAUUAAGUUAUUACAUUUGUAUGUUAACCUUAAACGAGUUUGUUUCUGAACCAAACAUGAAUUCAGCAAUUCCAUAUUUUAUGCUCCAUUCAGUAUUGGUAACCAUGUUUU